AUGAAGCUGAAUCCGAAGCUGAUCCGAUAUAUGGGCAACGACGAGUUCCGUGUCCUGACCGCUGCCGAGAUGGGCUCACGCAACCACGAAGUCGUUCCGACCUCGCUGAUUGCCAACAUUGCCAACUUGCGACACGGCGGCACGAACAAGAUCCUCAACGACCUCUGCAAAAACACCCUUGUUGCUCGGGUCCAGAACUCAAAAUACGAUGGAUACCGCUUGACGUAUGGUGGAUACGACUACCUGGCACUCAAGACCCUGAGCCGGAGAGAGUCGGUCUACUCGGUUGGAAACCAGAUCGGUGUGGGCAAGGAGUCAGACAUUUUCAUCGUCGCCGAUGCCGAGGGCGAGCAGCGAGUCCUGAAGCUCCACCGCCUGGGCCGGACGUCCUUUCGGACGAUCAAGGAGAAGCGUGACUAUCUCAGGAACCGAAAAUCGGGCUCCUGGCUGUACAUGUCGCGACUGGCUGCAAUGAAGGAGUUUGCCUUUAUGAAGGUGCUGCACGAGAACGGAUUCCCGGUGCCGACGCCGAUCGACUGCAACCGCCACUGCAUCGUGAUGAGCUUGAUCGACGCAUACCCGCUGUGCCAAAUCCACGAUGUUGCCGAGCCCGGGAAGCUCUACUCGGCCCUGAUGGAUUUGAUCGUGCGUCUGGCGUGCGCCGGCCUGAUCCACGGUGACUUUAACGAGUUCAACAUUCUCAUCAAGGACGACGACACACCCAUCUUGAUCGAUUUUCCACAGAUGGUGUCGACCUCUCACCGAAACGCCGAGAUGUACUUUAACCGCGAUGUCGAGUGCAUCCGCACCUUCUUCAAGAAGCGGUUCCACUACGAGAGUCGGCUCUACCCCCGAUUCUCACGGGACGUCAAUAACGAGCAUCGCCUGGACGUCCAAGUCGCGGCGAGUGGCUUCAGCAAGAAACUGCAAGAGGAGCUCGAGGAGGUCAGUCGACGAGACUCGCGGCAAGAGAGAGGCAAGGAGGGAGUGUGA